AUGAAUCAAUCGGCUGCAUAUCAUUACAUGUUUAAAUAUAUAAUCAUUGGAGAUUCCGGUGUUGGAAAAUCAUGUAUAUUACUUCAAUUUACUGACGAUCGAUUUGAUUCGAGAUCUGAAUGCACUAUUGGAGUCGAAUUUGGUACAAAAACCAUAGACCUUGGCUCUAAAUAUAACCAUAUCAAAAUUAAGACUCAAAUAUGGGAUACAGCUGGUCAAGAAGCCUUUCGGUCUAUUGCUCGAUCCUACUACCGAUGUAGUGCUUGUGCAUUUCUUGUUUAUGAUAUUACUAGACGGAGCACAUUUGAAUCUGUACAAACCUGGCUCACGGACGCUCUUUCAAACAACUCCAACCAUUCUCAAUUGAUUGUAGUAUUAAUUGGAAACAAAACAGAUCUCGCCAAAACACAACGACAAGUAUCCUAUAAGGAAGGUUUAGAAUUUGCAGAAAAGAACAAAAUUCACAUGUUUCUGGAGACUUCUGCCAAAACUGCAGAAAAUGUGUACAGAGCCUUCUUAGAAAGCUCUGAAUUAAUAUUCAAAAAAGUUCAAGCUCAUGAAAUUAUGGUUGGAGGUAUGGACGAUGAUGUUGUAGGUAGUGGUGUCAGAUGUGGACCACUCUUGAUGCAAAAUCAACCAGGCACACCCACUAAAACAUUCACCUCAAAUUCUAGCAAUAGAAUUAAGGGAAGUGAAUUAGGAAAUACGUCCAUUCGAAAUCCUAAUAACACCAAUGCGACACAAUCCUCUUCGUCUACUUGUUGUACAGGAAGUAGAAGAGAGUCUGUAUCAUGUUUCGGAAAGAAAUCCACAACUCCCAACGUGUGUAGUGGGAAUGGUAUUUGUAUUGGUAUGGACACUUGUCAAUGUAAUACGACCACGUACAUGAUUGGUCUUCGAUGUAAUUUAAAUUCGACUCGUGUAGAACUGUUGAGUGCAUCUAAAAGAUGGUUCAAAUUAAAUAUAUCCAAUUCAUUACUAGUACUCGAUGAUGAAUCAACCAUUCCCACUACACCCAUUCAUCUCGAGAUGAACAUCACCAUGAGACCUCUCGUUGCCAACAAAUUUCAAUUACCCUUAUUGGUAACGAGUCAAUUAAGCCUUGAACCCUAUGAAGAUGAUAUUAAUAGUAGCAGUAGUGUCAUGAGUAGAAAUCAAACAACAAUCAAUGAAAGCAUUCCCUACUACAACAACUACUCUUUCUAA